AAACCUUUCAAAUUAUUUAUGUGUGCUCCUGAAAAACAUUCAUCUUCCUCUCUUUACAUAAUAAUAAGCAGCUGGCUUUAACACGGCCUGCCCUGCACUGCAGCACUAACAUGGGACCUGCCUGCCUGCCUGUGUCGACUCCAUCAGCGUAAAUACGCCUUCACUGGAUCUCCCUUCACCUCAGGGUGCGACUUGGUCACCGCUUGCAUUUACAGAGACAAAAGAGAGGACAAACUUCCAUUUCAGGAGCGGCUUUUCACCUGGAUUUUCUCGAUGUAUGAAGACGGGAUGUAGCCUGUUUCCCCCGAGCUGCAGCGGGACCCCAGCCACCAGUGUUUGUUGCUCCUCUCCAGGAUUAGGAAGCUUUCUCCGGCCGUGAAGUGAAGCGAGUUGGGCUCCGUGGAUCGGAAGGCGUACAGAGACCGGUACAUGCUUUAACGAAACACGUUAACGCGCCAAAACGAGGCGGAGAAGAUCAAACUGAACGUCCGGGAACGUGAAGUCUUCGUGUGUGAAUAUCUGCUGAUGUUGAAGUAUUUUAAAGUGGCUGUGAAGGCAUGGCCCCGGCGGAUCACUGCUGUGUAUUUACAAGGGAGCUCAGAGCCGAUCAUCUGAUUCACAACUGCUGCCGAUGAGCGCCACAGGGGGCGCUGUUACUGCAUGGACACGCCCACCAGACACUAUAAUCAAACACGGAGCUAAAUAUUAAUACGGACUAAUAUAUAUUAUUACCAAAAACACUGUUUAACAAUAAGAUCAGACUUAAAACAAUAUGUAAAUGUGAAAAUGUUAACAAUUUGCCAACAUUUUACAAAUUUACAGUUGAGACACAGUUGAGACAGUGUAUUUCACUUUAGGGCUUUUAUUUGUUCCUGUGGUUCAGUUUUUAUCUAAUCAAAAAUAUAGAUAAUACAUAAAAAAACAUUCCCCUCUCUUUAACUGCUGAUUAAAUUUAACUUAUUCAAUGAUUUUCUUUUCCAUAUAUUUGUGUUCGUGUUUUUCAGGACCACGAAAGAGUUAAAGUCGUUCGAUGAUGCGAUACUCCACACCGGAAAUGAGUGUGUGGUGUAACGGACAAUUGUUUCCCCCCACCGGUUCGCUUGUUUCGUGAACAUGGCUACUGCAGUGUGUGCCCGAUUCCUCCUUCAGAAAUCUACACAGGGGUUUCUCUUCCCCAGGCUCGUAUCCCCGGCUGUAAGGUGAGGUUUUUUAAAAUGUCCAGGUAGUUUAAAGUGAUGAUCUAGAGUCGAUGCGGUGGACUUAGUAACAGUCAGCUGACUGAUCUGCCCUCUUUAAAGAGCCUGGAGACACAGACACGGUGGGAAUGACAGUCUGUUGACUUCAAAUGUAGUUUUUGUACGAGUUUUUGUUUUUUUGUUAUUUUCUUAUUUUAACAACUCUCUGAACAGGACAUGUAUAAGUCGUGCUGUGUGUGUAUUUGCACUACAGGUCAAUUAUGUCAGGAGAUGGUGCUUCAUGUGUUUACUUUGGUGUCCUGUUUGGUCUCCAGGUGAGAUAAAAUUGACUGCAGACCAGAGCGAAAUGAAGUGCACUCUUUUAUUAUAGCAGUCUUUUUUUUUAGUCUUUUUGUUUCCUUAUUUUACUAUUGUGUUGUAUAUAAUGUAAAUGCUUGUAUAUUAUCUCUAUAUUUUUUUACUGAUUUUAACUAUUUAUCUCUAUAUUUUUACUUAUCUUAUCUUUUAUUUAUCUCCUCUUUUACUGUAUUUGCACUGGAGUACUGUGAUAAAAGCAAUUUCCCCCAGAGGAUUAUUAAAGUAUUUAUGAUUCUGAUUAUUUGGUCCUCAAGACAGUUGAGAAGAGUAGUUUACUAAAGCCCAAGACAAAAAAAAGAAUCAUAAUUGUCAAAAAAAGGGAUGUAUGACAACUGAAAAUUAUAUGACUAAUUUUAACAAAUUGGUCAUUCAUUUGUAUUUUAUUCUGUUACCCAGUUAGGAAUAUUUUUUAUUUUAUAUUUUAUUUUAUUUAUUUAUUUUUGCACUAAAUGAUAAUUGUUCUGUAGAAAAGUGUGUAUGACCAACUUCGAACACAAGUUUCUUUUUAAUAUUUUAAAAUUCAAAGUUACUAUUUGUGGAGAAUUUUUCAAAGAAGGAACCUCUCAGUUGUCAUCCAUUUAGUAAUUUAGCCUUUUUUUUUUUAAAUAAUGUCCAAAUCAUCUUUUUCUAAAGUCCCAAGUGUUAAUAUUUACAUAUUUUUUACUCUCCCAGGACUUAAAACUAUCAGUCAAGUUUAGUUGCACAGACAGUGUUUGGAGAAUCAGUUGUUAAAAAUUUUCACAAUUUUUCUGACAUCAUAGAAACUUUACAAUUCAUUGAUUUAUACAGAAAAAUAUCUAGACUUGGUCAGAAAUGAACAUACAGUCUUUUCUUUCUAAGAGCUUUAUUGAUGAAGAUUCGAUUGCUUGAGGCUAUGCUAAACAUUUGGAUCUUUUACCCAAGAAACAGCAUCUGUGGCUCCAUCUGGUGGAGACGGUCAUCACACUAACACUGUCCCAAACUGUAUAAAAGAUUAGUCAAGCCUGCAAAUGUUUUUGUACUGGUCAGGAGGAACCCUAUCACUGGGGUGGUGGUUGAUUUUUGGACUUAAAACUGGACCUCAUGGCAAAAGUUUGUCAGUACUGUCUGUUUUGUAUGAAAGAAAUUCUGGAGAAUUCACUGAGGCAAUAAAUACUUAAUUACAGAGAGACUGAAUUAGGCCUGAAGCUCUCUCUGCAAUAUUUACACUUGAGCUUAAUUAAUAAUAAAUGACCAUCCUUGUGUUCUUUACAUGGUGCUGGUUUAACUUGGUUCAUCUCUUUUUUGUUGUUUCAGCCCAUUUCUUUCUCGUGCUCAUCGUUUGGGUCCCACUGAUGAUGAAAUGUACCAGCGCACUACUGUGUCUAUCAUGCAGAAGGAGGCGGGCAGUGGUGUCAUGAUCCACAGCUACAGUGACCUUGGAUUCAACAUUGAUGGGAACAGAGUAAUUGGACCCUGUGCUGUGCUGCCUCCUGCCAUCCUACAGUGGAAUGUGAGAAAAUCCAAACCACCUUCACAGCUUGUACUUUGUUCUGUCAUUAAAUACAUUUUAUUUCCCUACGUUAUUAUCCUUGCUGAGAUUAUCUCCUUUUCUUUCUGUCUCUCUCUCACAUUCUGCAGGUUGGCAGUCAUAAAGACAUCACCGAAGAAAGUGUUUCACUUUUUCAUAUGCUUGAACCAAGAAUAGGUAAAAACAAAAACACACCAACUCAGAAAAUAGUAAAUAAGUCCACUAAAUUUCAGUACAGGAGCAGAUAUAGUUUUUUGUAAAGACAUUCAACUGUUUAGUGUUUUAAUGUUAGCGCUGGAGUGUAAUCAGAAUAUAUCUUUAAGAUGCUCAACAAACCAUUCAUGGCCUUUUGUUUUGUCUGGAAACUGUACUUUUUGUUUUUCUAUACAGUUACGCAGCCAUUCUUGGUAUUUAUCUCUUAUCUAUGUUUAUUUUAGCGCAUGUAUCUUAAAAAACAUCUGUUUUGAUAUUUCUCUUUUUUUGUAGAGAUUUUGGUGCUGGGGACAGGCGCACAUGUUGAACGAAUAAACCCUUCAGUCCUCGCUCUACUCAAAAAGAAAGGCAUCGCAGUAGAGGUGCAAGACACGGUAAAUGCACCAUGACUCAGAUUAGAGCAUUUGGUCUGACAGCAUAUAACACUGAUUAGCAUGCACACAUUAACCACUUUGUCUUUCUCCUUUUAUUCUGCUGUCCUACAGCCAAAUGCAUGUGCAACCUUCAACUUCCUGGCCAAUGAGCGAAGAGUUGUGGCUGCAGGUCUGAUCCCUCCUCCUGUCAGCACAGCACUGGAACUGACACAGGAAUAAGUGCUGAAACGUCAAUAGAAACUUUAGGUCAAAUUUCUGCAGAUGAAGUUUACAGGAUCAUGAAUGAAGUGAGACCUGUGAGAUAGCUGUUCUUCGUCUACAAAGAGAAGAACCCCAGUGUAGCUCAUCCCCAAAAACACAGUGUCUGAUUGCAGCUCUUAUUCUUUAAGAUCUAAGUGUCUACCAGUGAGCUGUCCAAGAAAAUUCAUCAGUUUUUGAUGUUGAGAUUUCAGGCAGUCUUUGGGACUGAAGUCGUUUGAGUACAUACGAAGAUGUUGUGGUGAAUUUUGGUGUGAUCAACUGAAACUACAGCAAAGUGUGCAGAUAUGAUGUUAUAUGUACUAUAUGUAUUUUAGAGGUUAAUAAAUUCUAACCACCAGGUUGUGUUUUAUCCAAAUAAUAAAAGUAUAAUGACA